UUAGGAGUCUCAGUGAAAGGUUCAAGUGUCCUCAUCUACUUGGUUUUGAUUUACCUUCUCUCGCGCCGUUCAACGGGCUCGUCUGCCUCUGCGGGAGAUGAAAUUGCAAAAUUCAAUGCCGCUGACCCGUCAGCGGUCAGUCUACGUGAUGGGGAUUCCUCGCUUCCCACAUCUCUUCCCCAACGAAGACCAAGUCUGAAUCUUGUCGUGGCCGAUAUUCGAGACUCCACAUGA